AAAAGAUCGGGUUAUUGAAAUUAGUGAAAUGGAGCAAACAAAUAGCAGCACCGAUGAAGGAUAUGAACUUCGCCCUCCUCCCUACAGCCCUUCGAACUAUGAACAAAACUCCUACACAGGAAUGGCAUACCAGGUUGGCAAGGGGAACAUUGCAGUCAUCUCUCCUCCUGAGUCCUACAACAACAUGAUCCAUCCGGAGGACCCACCUGCAUUUGGAGGUGACCAGUAUGGCGGUCAGGCUCCGCCUCUAUACGCCAGCGAAUCAGAGGAGAUUGGUUUCAGUGUCGCUGCGAUAUGGCGAGGUUUUGUACGGAAAGUCUACCUGACCUUGAUGAUUCAGCUGCUGCUUACUGUUGGGAUCAUCUGUGCCUUUCUUUACUGGGACACACUGAAGUCUUGGGUUCAUGAGAACUACUGGUUCUCCUACACCAUGAUGUCAGUGGUGGUGGUCCUUAUUCUGGUUUUGUCCUGCUGCGAUAACAUCCGUCGCCAAGUGCCCCUCAAUUUUAUAGCUCUGGGUUUGUUUACUGUCGCAGAGGGCCUGAUGCUUGGAUCUGUGGCAGCGUAUUAUGAAGCCGAGGCAGUUCUGUGGGCUAUGGGCGCGACGGCUCUUGUUUCCUUUGGCAUGAGUCUAUUUGCCAUGCAGUCAAAGUGGGACUUUACCGCUGGAGCUGGGUGCUUGUGGAUGUUUGCCUGGUCCUUAUUUUCCUUUUUACUGAUGUGUGCCAUCAUCCGAUCACAGUUUCUCUACAUCUUCUACGCCUACCUGGGAACUGUGCUGUUUUCUUUAUACUUGGUGUUUGACACUCAGCUAAUUCUCGGGGGGAAACACAGGAAGUAUGAAAUCUCUCCUGAGGAGUACGUGUUUGCUGCUCUCAACCUCUAUCUGGACAUCGUUACCUUGUUCCUCCUCCUGCUGCAAAUCAUUAACUUCUGUCGUUGAUUUUCUUCUUACACAUUUUCUAUACCUCAUAUUACAUGACGAAAAGUAGUCAUGUCACAUUUAAAUUCAGACAUUUGCAGUGUGGGUAUGAUGAAGCUUUUAUCAUGCAUCAGGAUGCUGAAAUAUUUCCCAGUCAUACAGAGUAAGCUUUACUUCACUAUUGAAGCUUUAAAUAUUUGUUAAUAUCCUGGUUUGUUUACAAAUGGAUGUAAAAACUUUAAAAUAA